AUGUCUUCCUCCCGGAUAGAAGAGCUUCCCGACGAUGAUGUCCCCAAGGCCACAGUCGAGGAUGCCGCUGACAGUUCAGAGUCCGAAGUUGAGGGUGCCGAGGAGCCUACCAUUCCCGGUGGUGCCGCUGUCACUGUCCACUCCCGCAAUGAAAAGAAGGCUCGGAAAGCCAUCGGCAAGCUGGGCUUGAAGCACGUCCCUGGCAUCACCCGUGUUACUCUCCGCAGACCGAAGGGUAUUCUCUUCGUUAUCAACCAACCAGACGUAUACCGGUCCCCGUCCAGCAACACUUGGAUCAUCUUCGGUGAGGCCAAGAUUGAGGACUUGAACUCCCAGGCCCAAGCCUCCGCUGCUCAACAGCUUGCUGCUGCCGAGGCCGCUGGUAGCAACGAACAUGCCGGCCACGACCACGCCAGCCACGACCACGGCAAGGGGAAGGCCGUCGAGAGCGCCGACAAGAAGGACGAAGAAGAGGAUGAUGAGGAGGUUGAUGCUAGCGGACUCGAGGCUAAAGACAUUGAAUUAGUUAUGGCCCAGGCUUCUGUGUCGCGGAACAAGGCUAUCAAGGCGCUCAAGGAGAACGAUAAUGAUAUUGUCAACUCCAUCAUGGCUCUAAGUGUAUGA